AUGUCUUACAGAAAAAGUAAUAGAGAAGUUAAACCUCCAAAAAGGUAUACCCCUGAUCAGAAUGAAAAUCAUGAUACAGACAAAUUAUCAAAGAAUGUUUCUCAGAAUGGAAACAAUGACACUCAAGGAGUAGCAUUGAGACAACCCAGCAUUACUUCUAGUAGUUCAAGGAAAACAAAAAGUAAAUCAGCAACAUCAAGCAGCAGGAGACAAAUGGAAAUAGAACUUGAAAAGUUGGAGGAAAUACAAAAACUGGAACGAGAAAAUGAAGAAAAGGAGCUGGAAAGACAAAGACUGAUGGAGGAGAAGGAAAUGGAGCGACAACGGAUGGAGAAGGAAAUGGAGCGACAACGGCUGAGAGACGAGAGGGAACUAGAGCGACGUAAACAAAUGCUGGAAAUAAGGGCUUCUAUGAAAUCACUAUCGGCAAAUGGUAGUCAAGUCUGCGGAUCUGAGGUAAGCAUAAGUCAAAGCUUAAUAUCUCAGAGAGAGAAGAGAGAAUCUGAGAGUAAAGUCGUAAAGUGGCUGAAUGAUAAUGAACCGACAGUUCAUCAGUGUUCAUCAACCGCUAUGACCACGGCUGCACAAUUACUAGCAGAUUCAGUCAAAAAAGUUAUUCAACCAACCUCUCUUUGCCGCCAACAACUACCAAACUUUAGUGGUAGACCAGAUGAGUGGCCUAUGUUCUUUUCUGCAUUUGAAAAUACGGUAAAAUUGUAUUCUGAUGAUGACAAUCUAGCUAGACUUAGAAACUGUCUUGAAGGCGAAGCCUUCAAAAUGGUGAAACCUCUUUUUGUUUCCAGUAAAAACUUGCAUGCCAUAAUUAAAACGUUACAGAUGCGUUUCGGUAAGCCCGAGUUUAUCAUUGAGUCUAUGAUGAACCAAACUAGAAUGCUAGCCCCUGUAACUGAAGAUGAUAUUGUUGGCCUCAUUGAGUUUUCUACAACCAUUCUUAACUUUACCUCGACAGCUGAGUCUCUUCAUAUGGAGUACAUGACAAACCCCCAACUACUCAGUGAACUGUUAGGAAAAUUGCCUUAUCAAAUGAAGUACCAUUGGGCUCAACAUGUGAGCAGUAUGUGUUUAACUAGACCUAGCCUGAGUGAUUUUUCAGAUUGGUUAGAGAGACAAUGUUCUAUCAUGAGUUUUCAUCCAAACGAGGACGUCCCGACUAGAAAGAAAAACGACUUCAAACCUGUGUUGACCAACUCUUCAAAAGCAGCAGUUCCCGCAGUUGGCCCACUUACCUGCGUGUUCUGUGGUGGUAAGCACGAUAAUGACAAAUGCUCUAUACUUCGGAAAGCUGAUAUUUCCGAAAGGUGGAAAAUGGUAGGUGAGAAAAAGCUAUGCUUUUCUUGUUUCAAACGACAUCAACUUAAAUUUUGUAAAUCUAAAAGAGCUUGUAGUAUAAACGGUUGUAAGCUGUACCAUCACCGUCUCUUACAUAACUCCAAUCUUGAAAGACCUCCAAUGAAAAGAAAUGAGGGAGAGUUAAAAUCUAGAGAUGAAGUAAUCGGUAAUCAUUUUGAGAAUAACAUAUCAAACCGUGUUUUGCUUCGUGUUUGUCCUGUCACGUUGUACGGUCCCAAGUCCCAGGUAGAUACUUAUGCCCUUUUAGACGACGGCUCGACUGUAUCACUUCUGGAUUCAUCAAUUGCCGAUGAACUUGGUAUCCAGGGUGAGAUUGUUCCUUUGACAACAUGUUGGUCUAACAACACAAGACACUUUGAAUCUCAAUCAAAGAGAAUAGAUUUAAAAAUAAAAGGAUUUUACGAGGAUGAAAUCUUUACAUUGAAAGGGCUCAGAACUCAGUCCACUUUAGAGUUACCACACCAACAAAUAGACAGUAUCAAAUUGAGGAAAAACUGGCCACACUUAGACUCUAUCAACCAACCUCUUCCAAUAGCGAGUGUCAGGCCCACUCUCUUGAUAGGCCAAGACAACUGUAAUCUUAUUCUAACCCGUAAGAUUAUUGAAGGUCCUACUAACGCCCCAGUACUGUCAUGGUGCCUUCUUGGUUGGACUCUACAUGGGAAGUGUGCACAAUUCAGAGAUCGUGUGGAUGAGAAUUUUACCCUACUCUCAUAUGAAGAAUCUUUACUUCAUGACAUGGUAAAGAAAUCCUUCGAAUUAGAGAAAUAUGGAGAAACUAGAUCAAAUGACCUGAAAUUGUCAAAAGAAGAAGAACGUGGAGUAUCAAUCCUUGAGGAUACCAUAACGAAAACAGGAGAUCGUUACGAAGUUGGUCUUUUAUGGAAAGAUGACGAAUUUAAUUUUCCUCCAAGCUAUGACAAUGCUCUGAGAAGAUUAAAUACUCUUGAAAAGAAAAUGGAAAAAGAUCUGGAAUUUAAAGAGGCUUACACAACCAAGAUUGACGAAUAUAUGGAAAAAGGUUAUAUUAGAAAACUCAGCCCUGAAAAAGCUGCUAUCAUAACAGGUCGAACAUUCUAUCUACCCCACUUUGGAGUAUCGAACCCGAACAAACCCUAA